CUCAUGACGUCACCAUGUUUACCCGGAAAUGUGAGCUUCUAUUCACGGCUGCUGGUGAAAAUUUGAAUUUAUCGCAAAUAUGGUCCGUUUUGUCACAGUAAUAGAAUAACAUACUUUGCCCGUAACGUGUCUUCUAUCAGUAUGUACAGCGGUCUUCUACCCAAUGGUUUAACAGAAGACGACCUCAGUCCGGAUGACAGGGAAGAGGAGCAUCAUGAGAAAGAAGUGGAAGUAAACGUGAAGAUCCCUACGGUUACAGAUGUUACGAAUGACCUCCCAACAGGUUGCCUGCCUGGUGUUUCCCAGGAAAUGUGGCAAAAAUUUAAUGAGCUGCGUCAGAAGAAAGACGAGACGAAGAUGACGACAAUCACGAGGAAAAAAAGAAGGAAAAGGCGACAAUGCAAAAAAGAUACAGAGGGCAAAGAGCCAACAGCGACAAGCAGAGAGCGUCAGGAGGAGCUGGAGAAGCACUGGGAUGGUCUUAAGCAAUAUUUUGGUGUAAAUGAUCGAUUUCAUCCUCCUGCAUGUUCCAACCCCCCUCUAAAGUCCGGCCUCGAAAAGAGCAUAGAGAAGGCCAUAGCUGAAGGGGACACUGCAAAGGCGGAGGAGAUGAGCGACAGACUCGCCACUCGAGAGCUUGCUGUGAAAAUCGCCAAAGCCACUGAUUGCCGUGACUUUGUGCAGCGCAAACAGGAAGAGGACGCUUUGAGGGCAGCGAAGAAAAAGAAGAGGCAAAUAGCUUGGGGGUUCGAGGCAAAAAAACGCUGGGAAACCAAAAGCAACAUGGGUUACAUGUGACCAAGAGAAGUCAAAAUAUUUUUUUAUGUUAAUUGAAUAAAACAGUUUCUUAUGGAAACUUA